AUGGAGAAGUACCGCGUCUUCAGCGACGAGAGUACGGGGGUUCACCCCUUCAUCCCCGUCGCCUAUAUGAAGGCACAGUUGUCGCCUCCAUCUUCUCUUGCGGUCCGCGUGUGCUCCCUGUCCGUCUCGCUCGUGGCUUUCGUGUGUAAGACUAUUCUCGUUGGCGCCCGUCUCCUGCUGCUCUUCUUUUCUGCCUUUCUGGCUGCACUGACACAGCAGUUCCUCCUGAUUUUUCUCCCCUUCCCCUAUAUGCACUGGCUGCUGUCACUGUGGCUCAUGGCGUUGCCUGCGCGUCUCGCGCUUUUCGCCCUCGGCGUCUGGAACGUCGACGAACAGGCCGCAGACUUUCGGCGCCUGAAGAUCCGCGCGCCGCCGCCGAACGCUCCCUCCCCGUGGUCGGCGUUCCUGAGCCUCCCUGCGGCGCCGGUCGUGUCUUUUCGUCCUGUGGGCGUUUCCUCAAGCGACGCGAAGAAGAUUCGCAGCUGCCGCGUGUGUCUCGCGAGCUUCACGGGCCUGGUGGAGCCCCUAUACCUCGCGUACCGCUUGGCUCCGCGCUUCGCCCUCGUGCAUGAGCACGGUGGCUUCUCCUUCUGCUCCAUCUGGGAUUUUCUCAAGUUCAGUCUCCAGUUUCGACUGGCGCCGGGGCAGGGGACCUAUCGCACGCUGUCGGCGCUUCUGCUCGCCCACGAGAAGUCGUCCACCGCAUGCAUGCCGGUUGUGAUUUUCCCCGAAGGCCAGAAGAGCAACGGGACGUGCAUUUUGCAGUGGACUGCCGCGGCGGGUGUCGCCGGGGGCGACGGGAGGAACGACACUGCAGGCUUUGACGCUGCCGCGUUGCAGUUGCUCGACGGCCGCGUUGCGGAAGUGGGAUGUAUCUACACGGCUAUCGCAGGGGCAGGCACAGGAAAGGAGCCACGCGCCGCCGUGCCUUACGGCCCGCCGCACACGGUUCACCCUCCGAUGCAUCACCUCCGCCUCCUGUUGUCCACGGCCAGACAUGGGGUGGCGUUUGUCUGGGCGGCGCCGAGCGCGGUGCAGGCCUCUGUGCAGCAGCAGCUGCAGAGUCUGGGGGGGGCAGGCGCCUCGGCCUCCGCCUCGCAGAUUCUCUCCUCUCUGCGCGAAGUCAUGACACGCAUGCUGCCAGGCCUCACGGCGGUGAAGUCCAAGGGCGGCAAGGACCUCUGCAAGUUCAACGAGUACUGGGAGAAGACGCAGCAGGAGCAGUACCUGAAGAAUAAUAGAUAA